AUGUCAUGGAAUACACCUCAGGGUGCUCUCCCAUAUGGUCAACCAAGACCUUCCUUUCAACCUUCGCAAACUAGACCUGGUUUUCAAGCUGCCACAACUUACGCAACUAGACCAGUUGCGAGUCAACCUUUUGCGCCAGGUCAAGCGCCUCCUUAUGCAGCUACAACUGCACGAGUUUGGACGGAGCAUGCUGCCCCAGAUGGCCGCACCUAUUAUUAUAACACCGUUACCAAACAAAGUAGCUGGGACAAACCUGAUGAACUGAAAACUCCUGAAGAGCGAGCUUUAGGCUCUUGUCCUUGGAAGGAGUUUACCGCAGACGGUGGCCGCAAAUAUUUUUAUAACUCUAUUACUAAAGAAUCUAAGUGGGAAAUGCCUGCUGAAUACAAAGAAUUUCUUGAUAAAUUGGAAAUGGAAAAGAAACUAUCACAGAACAGUGAAUCAUCGCCUCAAGCUAACGGAAAUAUAGUUUCACCUAAUCAACAAGAUUUUGAGCGGGCUCGUCAAUUGAGCACACCGGCAGUCAGCCCAGUUAAUACAACUCCGAUAAAUGUUUCCGCUAGACCGCUAGGAUUAGCUGGAUCCCAUAUACCAAUUGUUCCUAUUCAGCAAUCCGAGCCAGUAAAGAUCGAAUUCGAUACUAAAGAAGAAGCCGAAGCUGCAUUCCGCGAAAUGCUUAAAAAAUCUGGAGUCAAGUCCGACUGGUCUUGGGAACAAACUAUGAGAGCGACCAUUUCAAAUCCAAUGUACCGUGCACUCAAGACCUUAAACGAACGUAAACAGGCGUUUGAAAGAUAUGUAGAUGACCUUAUCAAGAAAGAAGAGGAGGAAAAGAAAGCAAAAAUUAUUAAAAUUCGACAAGAUUUUAUCUCAUUACUAAACUCUCAUCCCGAUAUCAAUUCAUCGACACGUUAUAGAAAAGUAUGUGAUCUUCUUGGCGAAGAGCCAGCGUUCUUAGCGAUAGAUGAUGAUAGAACACGUGAGGAAAUUUUCGGUGAAUAUGUAUAUGACUUAAGGAAACAUGAAAAGGUGAACGAUAUUUCUAUUUUUGGUCCGAUUAUUGGUCCAAUUGACAAUACUGUUGGUGAAAAUUAUAUACUCUACAACAUUGUUACUUAUAUGCAGGAAAUUCAACGGGCUGUUCGCAAAGAAAAUAAGGAGAAAUUUAGUAAACUUUUACG